AUGGAAAUUUCGAAGACUCAAGCAACAAGUAUGUCAACACUAGUAGUCAGCAGGGAUUUCCAUAUCGUUACGGGUAAUAAAGAAUCAUUGAUUAGUUAUGAGCUGUCCGUAGAGCUUGGGAUUUUACCGCAGAUACAAUCUGUUCAAACCAAAAACGAGUAUGAAGGACUUACUGAGGAAUACUCGCAAGUUUUCACUGGGUUAGGAUGUCUGAAAGACAGAAAAGUUAAGUUUCACAUUGAUGAAAGUGUUGUGCCAGUAGCUCAGCCUCCUAGGAGAGUGCCAUUUCAUGUGCGUGAGCAAGUUGAGCAGGAACUUAAAAGUUUGGAGGAUAUGGAUGUUAUUGAAAAAGUGGAAGGUGUAACAUGGGUAUCGAACCUGGUAGCUGCUCCAAAACCAAAUUCACCGGGAGAAGUAAGAGUGUGCAUAGAUAUGAGGAAAGCCAACACCGUAAUCAAAACAGAGAAAAAUGUUAGUCCGACGGCGGAUGAUAUAAUCUUAACGUUGAACGGCGCAAAAGUGUUUUCGCGAUCUGUAAAUUGA